AUGGGUUCUCAAAUAAGCAAAAUUGAAGAUACUAUUCAUGAUGUUUACAAAAAAACAUGGCCACAAGCUUGGUAUUUAGCUCCACCAUUUCUUACAGCAGUGGGUGCCGUUGGUUAUGUUGGUUAUGCAUUUUCACAAACAAAACCUGUACCAUCAUCAUCGAAUAUUUCAUUUUUACAUUUACUUGGUGUUGCUGGUGGUUUUGGUAUUAGUUUUUGGGUGACUGCUGUGCAUGGUCGUGCUGUUCAACGAAUGUUAACUCGUCAUGAAUUUGCUACUGUUCAAUCACAUUUAUCAACGGUUUAUUUUGCUUCAUCAACAGUUUUGGCUAGUCUUAGUUUAGGUACAUUUUUACUUCGUCAUCCAGUUAGUACAUGGUCAAAAGAAGCAACAAAUUUAGGUGUUGCAUUAGCUGUUGCAUUAGCUGCCGCUGAAUUAAAUAGUCUUCUACUUAAUCCGUUGGUUACUAAUUUAAUGUUUGAUCGAAAUAAUAUUGAAUUUUUACAAGCUGCAAAAACAAAUGAAGAUGUUGAACGAUUAUUACGUGAUGAUCCAAAAUAUCGUACAGUUAAUAAUAAAUUCAGUCUAUUUCAUUCCAUUUCAAUGGUAUCAGGUCUUGUUUAUCAUGGUAUUCAAUGGUAUCAUCUCUUUUUUCUUGCUGACAAAUGUUUAGUACUUUAA